AUGUCGGAAGUCGCGGCCCUGGAGGCGGAGGUCAAAGAAUUCAAGCUUCAGCUUGAAACGAUCCAGUCUAGCUUGCAGGUAGAUCCCGAUAACACAGAGCUGCAGAGUCUCAAAACUGAACUCGAAGAACUUAUAACCCUCACCGAAACUGCCAUCGCCGAACUUGCGCCAACAGCACCCACCGCUUCUAAGCCCCAGAAACCAGCAUUCAAAAAUACAGGGUAUCGAGAACCUGGCCCCGACAAGCCCGUCGUGGACCAUGAUGAACCAGCACAGGUGCAGGUUUCGUUCGCCGUCAAUGAUAAUGUCCUCGCCCGUUGGGUGUCAGGAGACAACGUGUUCUACCCAGCGCGUAUCACCUCCAUCACUGGCUCGUCCAGCAACCCUGUCUACCUGGUUUCAUUCAAGUCCUACAACACCGUGGAGAACCUGACAGCCAAGGACAUCCGGCCUGUCUCUGGCACUGACUCGCGUAAGCGCAAGGCUGAUGGGACUCCAGGAAGCUCGGCAUCCCCGUCGCCCGCGCCGCAAUCACAUGUCAACGUGAUCUCAGCGGCGGCUGAUAUCAACCCCGCUCUAGCCAACCAAGCCCGCAAUGACCCUAGCAAGGCCACCGAUGGGCCCGCUCGACCGGCUAAGGCUGCACGUAAAGUCAAGGCUACCAAGGAACUGGAAGCGGGCAAGAACAAGUGGCAGGAUUUUGCAGCCAAAACCAAGGGCAAGAGCAAGAUUGGCAAGAAGGAGAGCAUGUUCCGCACAGGUGACGGUGUCAAUGCCCGGGUGGGAUUUACUGGGUCUGGCCAAACAAUGCGCAAAGAUCCCACUCGAACCCGCCAUAUUUAUCAACAGAACGAGGAAGAGGGCUACUGA